AUGCAAUUUAAGGGAAAUGAGGCCAUCCAAAUAGAUCGCAGUCAGAUCGAGCGCAUGGUCGGCGAUCUUGAGAAGGCCCCGCCGCCUCCAGUCGACGCGCCACCAGCCCCUCAGUUGCCGUACUGGUUCACCACUGAGUGUCGCAACAAUCUAGUGAACUGCGACGUGCCUGCGAUGGCUGUUCCAAGUGCUCCGUCGCCAAUUCCGCCGCCACUUCCGAUGCCUGACCUCAAGCAACAACUCAAGGCGCAGCUCGAAUAUUAUUUCUCAAGAGAAAAUCUAAUUACCGAUCGAUAUUUGCGAUGCCAAAUGGAUGCUGACCAAUUCGUUCCAAUUUCCAUUAUUGCCGGAUUUCGGAAGAUUGUUCAACUUACCAGUGAUUACAAUCUUAUUUUGCAAGUGUUGCGAGAAUCGAAUCAGGUGGAAGUGGAUGAGCGCGGCGAAAAAGUUCGUUCUGUAUGCCGACGGUGCACUAUCAUUCUGAGGGAGAUCAGUGAAGAACACAGAGAGGAAGUCGAGAAGAUGCUUUCCGGUGGUCCACCCUACGUCGAUCUGAAGUACGGUUUGAACAACAGUUGGUACGUCACCUUUGACAAUGAAGAGACCACACAACAGGCCUAUCUUCACCUUCAAAAUAUGGACAUUACCUUUAAUAAUAAGCCAAUAUGUGUUCGAAUAAAAGCGGGAGGUCCACCAAGUGAUCUGCCUCCAAUCGACAGAGUGCCCACGCAGAUGCCGGAACCUAUAGCUGCUGAGCCACAGUUAUACACUCCGCUCUUCGAAUUGGGGCAACUACUAGCCAGUUAUGGUUAUGUGCCAAGAGCAACGUUUCGACCUGGUGCCACCGUCGUUCAUGUACAGGACGAAGCUCGACAACGAAUGAAUAGGCAUGGCCAGCCUUCACAUCAAAGAAAUCAACAUGCGCGCUCUGCACGGACAUAUACACCGGGAACGAAUGGCUAUGCAAUGCAUUCGAAUGGAGCGAUUCCAUCACACUCGUCGGCCGUAAUCAAUGGAACUAUUCCAUCAACGUCUCAUUACGGUGGAAUGGAACGACGACACUUCCGCGAGCAAACGUCACAACGAGGUGGUCGUGGAUCCGCAAGUGGAGGUGGACCUCGUCGUGGAACCGGUGAACGGUCCUAUCAUCAAGGUGGUCGUCGAAACGGCGGUGCUAACGGCUCGAAUCAGGACACCCGUCGUCGUAGCGAUUACUGCAACGGAGGGACAGGAGCAGGAGCUGGAGGUGUUGGUGGCGGAGGAAAUACGAACAAUGGUCCUGCGCUAAGCGUCUCUACGGGGAAUAUUGCCGCUGCAGCUGCAGGUUCAUCGAAUACGUUGCAAAUUGAGAGGUUCGCUUUUUCUUCUUCUUCGCUCAUAAUUGGGUUAUUGCUAGUGAGCCCUGAUGUUUCUAUUUCCUUGUUUGACAAGCACACUCUUGAUGUAUUCUGCGUACGUUGCUUUAGGCCACGGUAUAAUAGUUUCCGUCGAGAGCGGAAUGCCGAUAGCGAUCACUUCUCCACAAAUGACACUUCAAACACAUCCUCAGGGAAGGGGCGUCGUUGGGAGAUGGAUAGUGAGAAUGGAAGCGAUGGACAUGCGGAUAGAAAGGCGUCUUCUCAAAGUGGAUGUUCUGCAUAUUCUUUUGAAGAGAGAGCGUUCCCGUCAUUAUCAGAGCCGAAACCGGAGCCCGAGAAACCGGUGGAAAAACCAUCGUUCAGUUGCGUGGCUGCUGGGAAACGAUAUGCGAAACCGGAGCCGAGAAAGAGUUAUGCGGAGAAAUUGAAGGAGAAGACAGCGAAAGCCUAG